AUGGAGAGUGAUCCUGCUAAGUGCAGCAAUGAUCUGCAAAGUUCCCAUUUGCCAAAGUCAAGUUCUCAUUAUACACCCAUCAAGCUAGAAGAGUAUGAACCACCAGUCUUCAGUGCCAAGAAGCUCCUCAAAAAAGCUAAAGAGUCCUGCCGAUGUGGCCGCCAAAGCAUCAUCACUUUCUUCUUCAAUCUGUUCCCUGUGCUUGAGUGGCUCCCUCGUUACAACGUCAAGGAGCAGCUACUUGGAGAUAUUAUCUCUGGCUUAUUGGUUGGGAUAGUUGCCAUCCCGCAGUCAAUCUCCUAUUCAAUUCUAGCAAGCCAGGAUCCUAUUUAUGGGCUCUACACCAACUUCUUCUGUGCCAUUGUCUACUUUUUCAUGGCUACCUCACAUCAUAAUUGUGUUGGCUCUUUUGGGGUCCUUUGCCUGAUGAUUGGGGAAUCUGUAAACCGGCAGCUUAAGCUGGCAGGAUUUGAAGCUGAUGUUGGUGCUUCCUCGGUAGCAAAUGCCACAUUGAAUGGAACUGUAGCCUGUGACAAAAGCUGCUAUGCUAUCACUGUGGCAACUACUUUAACUUUUCUGGUUGGCAUUUACCAGAUUGUUCUCGGGGUUUUCCAGAUGGGCUUCAUAUCUGUAUAUCUUUCAGAACCCCUUCUAAGUGGCUUUGUGACUGGAUCCUCCUUGACUAUCCUUACUUCCCAGAUGAAUCUCCUACUCGGUCUAAAAAUUCCUCGCCAUGAUGGUGUGGGGUCUCUUGUCUUAACGUGGUUCGAGCUCUUCAGAUAUAUCUGGCAGACUAAUAUCUGUGACCUGGUCACCAGCCUGAUCGCUCUCAUCCUCAUUGUGCCAAUAAAAGAAAUCAACAACUUUUACAGGGAUAAGAUGAAAGCCCCCUUUCCCAUGGAACUUUUGGUGGUCAUUGCAGGCACUCUGCUGUCACAUUUCUUUAAUUUCAAAGAAAGAUACAAAUCUAAGAUCUGUGGCAACAUCCCCACUGGCUUCAAGCAACCUGUUGUACCUGAUCUGAGCCUUUUGUCAAAUGUGGCACUUGAUGCUGUGCCCAUUGCCAUAAUUGGAUUUGCAAUGACUGUCUCACUGUCGGACAUAUUUGGCAAGAAGCAUGGCUACCCCGUGCGAGCCAACCAAGAGAUGAUUGCCAUUGGCAUGGGGAACCUGAUCCCAUCUUUCUUCUACUGCUUUGCUAGCUGUGCAGCUUUAUCCAAGACUUUGCUGAAAGAAUCCACAGGAUGCCAUACUCAGAUCUCAAGCCUGAUAUCUUCAUUUGUGUUGCUCCUGGUGUUGCUGUGGAUUGCCCCACUUUUCUACUCAUUGCAAACUUGUAUCUUGGGAGUGGUCACUAUUGUUAACCUCAGAGGUGGCUUGAGGAGGUUUUCUGACACUCCCAAAAUGUGGAGGAUCAGCAAGACAGAUACUGUGAUCUGGUGGGUCACCAUGCUGUCUUCAUCAUUGAUCUCCACAGAACUGGGCCUUCUGAUAGGGGUCUGUUUUUCUCUCCUUUGCAUAAUUUUCCGUACCCAGAGGCCUCGAGCCACUCUUUUAGGGAAAGUGAGCAACUCAGAAAUCUAUGAGGACCAGUUCAAUUACAAGAGGAUCAACAGUGUUGCAAAUAUCAAGAUCUUUCGCUUUGAUACCUCCCUUUACUAUGCAAACAAGGACUAUUUCAAAAGGUCACUCUUCCAAAAAACAGGAGUGAAUCCUUCCUUGGUUGCUGCCAUUCAACAAAAGGCUGAAGCAGGAGGAAAAAGUGAAAACUGCUUUUCCUCUAAGUUUAGCUGCCUAAAGGCUACAAAAAAAGAAGCCAAGAAGGCUUCAAUAAAUAUUCCCGUGCUAUCCUUUGACAUGCACACCUUAAUUAUUGACUGUGGUGCCAUGCAGUUUUUAGACAGCACUGGUUUGAAUGUGUUGAAGGAGACUCGCCAAGACUAUAAGAAAAUCGGCAUUCAGGUCCUGUUGGCCAAUUGCAAUCCAUCUCUUCGCCACUUACUCCAGGUCGGUGGUUGGCUCACUGGGAUGGAGGAUAUGGAGCUCCUCUCCUUCCAUAGCAUACAUGCUGCUGUGCAGUUUGCGGAGAAGCAGUCCAAAGCUCAGAGGGAGAGCAAAGUGGUUGAGGGGUCUUUCCUUAGCCCUGAGGCCCAGGAUCUCUCAAAAGGCUCAAGUUUGAAUGAAUCCCUAUAG